AUGGUGAGUACAGCAAUUUCUAAAUUAUACCAAUUAUCAAGAUUAAUAACCCUUAUUUUAUACACUACAUUGUUAGGAAGAUGGAUUGGAUUGAUCAUUUUGGUCGAUGUCAAAUUUUUACCUGGUGGAAUCCAUGAAUUUUUAUGCAAUAUAUUAGUUUUUAGCAGUGCAUUAGAGUUAUUUUGGAUGUUGGUGGUAUUCCAUUACAUUAAUUGGUUUACACUACUCAAAAAUUUAAAUUUUAUAUACAUUGUGGUUGCAUUAAAUUUCUGGGAUGAUUAUGAACAUGCACCAUUAUUAAAAACAUAUAGUUACUCUAUUUUUAUAAUAGGUUUAAGUUUGUCUCAAAUGUAUUGCCACUGGAGAAAAUUAUUUAAGUCUGGUAAUACCAACAGUAAGUCGCUGCAAUUCUUGUUAAAUAAGUGGAUAUGGUCACCUUCAUUGUAUAUUAGUGAAUAUUAUUUGUUACUAUUGAAUAUGCAUCAAUAUCGUAAUUUUCACAACACUUUGGCACUAGAAACGUUUAACAAGAUUGUAGUGGUAAUAUAUUUACCAAUUUUAUUAUUUGUAGCAUUUCAAAAGUUAUAG